AUGCUUGAUCUUCGAGAAGUCAAAACAACGCGAAAGAAUCGCAAUGAAGAUGAGAAGUGGGACGAAGGAGAGCCGCAAGUCGAGGAACCCGUUUUGGAGGAAGAAGAGCUCUUGAACCGUUGUCGCAAAGCUAGGUCAGAGGACGAAUUAUCAAAAGCCAUGGAUGCGCUUGUUGAGAAUGUAAGACAAGGAAGGUCGUUGAGUUUGGUGGCGAAGGAAUCCAUUGUACGCAACGUUCUACUGGAAAUUCCAUAUCGCCUCAACAAAGACAAAAUGGAUUUAGUCUUUGAUGGUUGUGGAAUUCUCACAACGAUGUCGGCGGUUGCAAAUUUGAUCAAACAACUGUCAACUGAGUUGGUCCUGCCAUCAUCUGUCACCAGUAGUUCUACUGCAAAGCAAUCAACAACAAAACCGACAACCGAUCAAUCUUCCCCUGCACAGCCGACUUUGCAAAUUCCAAGUGUCUUGCAAGCUUGCUUUGCAACAAUCUAUCGAAUGCUUCUGUUGGUUCCGACAUCAUCAGAAUUAUCGUCUUCUUCAUCUAUAUCCAUAAUGUCACCAGCUUCAACUUCACAGGCUGUACUUCUUGUCGAAGAUUUGCGGACAGAGAACGUUGCCACCUUUGUGCAGAUGAUUUUGCUGUUUCCACAAAUAAUAUCCAAUGCUUGCCACAAAUGGAAGCUUCAUCCGCCUGCUUGGGCCGCGGCUGCCCAAUAUCUUCCAAAGUUGGUGACCACAGCCUUCAUUGUAGCAAAGAAAGGAAAAGCACCAGACCAAACGAAAGACUCUAGAAAUCUGAACCCGCUCAUCAUUGAGGUUGGCAACACUCCCAAGAAGCACCACGCAAACGACGAAAGAGACAACAGCAGGGAGAAUUCAUCCUACUUAUACUGCUCUACCCUUCUGAAAAACAUGUUACGAACUCUCAAGGGCGAUCAUGUAGCCAAAGGAUUGAAGCACCAACAUCCUUGUGGAAAUGAACUCGUUCGAGUUUUGCUACCAAAUUUCUCUGGGAGAGUCGAUGACGACGGCGACAGUGAUGAUGAUGAUAGUGUUGGCUAUGAGGCUCGACUUGAUGGCAACUAUAUGGACACCAUGUUGACUACGAGGGAAUUCACAAGCUUAGUUGUCUCCAUCCUUCAGCUUCAUGUUGCCUCAUCACAAAACGACAAGAGGAGCUUGAAUGCAACUGCGACCACACCAGCCGCGCAGUCUUGCCUCGAAGUAUUAAAAGCAUCAACACGAGAACACCGAGAGGCGCUAGUACAGUCAGUAGCUCUCAGUGGCAAAUUCGACCCGCGUAUUGGGCCUAUCUUUGUAAGGCUGCUGUACAAUUCCAACUACUUGUACCCUCAUUUGUGCGAGAUUGCUGAACAUUGGUCACAAUGGACCUUUGUCCAUGAAAUGGAACAAGAGAAAACCCAGCGAUAUGUGACAAACCUUAUUCUCGAGGGGCUGAAGCUCUUGGUGCAAGAAGAAGACGGGGACAAUAAGAAUUCUCGUGAUCCAUCAAGGGAUGAACUGACAUCUUCUCUACUACAGGGUGUAACACACCGACUAGAAUCUGCCUUUCCCCCGAUUCGAAUGGACGGAAUGAUGGUUGGUCAAGAGUUGGCCAAACGUUUAGGUGAAAAGUUGCAGUUUGACGAACUGAUGGAAGCAUUUGGAACAGAAGCCGGUAGUGAAGGUGUCGGUACCCUCAGUCAAGAGGAUACAAAUGAUAGCAAAGUCGCACCAAAGAGCAGAAGGGAGAGCGACAAAGUACACAAGAUUGCCCCUGAUGUUGUCUACGAAAGUAACCACGAGGGAAGGUAUGACUUGGAUGAUGCGAACAAAAGCCAUGAUGACCAAUCUGUCACCUGGAAUGAUGACUUAGUCCCUUAUGAUCUCGAUGACCCCGAAGAGGACCUAGUGGAAACGGAGAGGCCAUAUCAUUUGCUUGAAGCUUUGGAGCUCAUAAGGACGGUAGAAAGCGAGGAACACGCAUACAGUAACCACGAGACUGGACUGAAAUACUUUCCUGAAUUGAUUCAGUCAAGACCGGACAAUUUGCCUGAUGUUGCAGUUUCGCUGCUACUUUCGCUUUUGAAGAUGGAAAAUAAAUUUAACAUAGAAAACUUCUUGGAGAUGAGACAAAAGGCAAUCACGUGCCUCGUCAUUCAGGAACCACGACUUGUUGGCGAAACGAUGAUCGAGGAACUUUUCAAGGAUUCUGGCUUGUCAGACCGACUGAAUAUUCUGGUUGCACUCCAGGACGCUGCAUAUGUUUUGUCUGGCAGCCAAUCCUUGGUCAACAAAGAAACGAAACCGAUGCAAAGGCAAUUACAAGAUGGUACACCCAAGAUUAGUAAAAAGCGACUGACCUCACUUGAGCUGAAAAAGCAGGAGCAGCUCAUUAGGAUCGAAGAGAAGACUCGACGGAAGAGAAGUCGCCCGACGCCUCUAGCGGUCGUUCAAAAUCGAUUCACUGCUAUCGCUCCUAUGUGGUUUUAUUCCAUGCUUCAAAAAUUUAUUGACAACAACGAAAACGAGUCGUUGUGGAGAGAUUCAUCUGGCUCUCAUUUCUUGGCAAGCUUCUUCAGAGUCUUGGCUGCAAUAGUGGAAUUCUCGGGCAUGCACAGUGCGCAAGUGUUGGGAAAAGAUUUGUUUGAUCUUGUGUGGACUUUCCGAGAUGCAGAUGUAGCAGAGGUUCGAAUCUCUGUGUUGGUAGCGACCGCAACCUCAUUUGCCACGAUCCCUGUCGACCGUUUGCUCGCACUUUUCAUGGAUCACGAUAUUCUCGCCAUUUCAUUGGCAUUGAAUGCUAUAUCUGAGAACGACCCAGAUAGCGGUUGCAGGACGAUUGCACAAACAAUAAAGCAGUCAUUGAAUGAAGUGUCAAACAGAUCUGUAAUUUUGAAUUAA